AUGUUACUAGCGCUUAUAGGCAUUCUUCAUAAUAUCGUUGGGGUUGGGGUUUCACAAUGGUGCUGCCAUCUUGCGGCGCCCCCUACUGUUCGCAUCGUGCAUUCGGGCCAUGCCUGCAAUGUGGAGGAGGAGCGCUACUCGGAGCGCGUCUACACAAUUAGGGAGGGGGAGACGCUGGAGCUUACCUGCCUGGUCACCGGCCACCCCAGGCCACAGAUCCGUUGGACUAAGACGGCAGGAAGUGCGUCCGACCGCUUCCAGGACUCCAGCGUGUUCAACGAGACGCUGCACAUCGCCCAGAUCCAGCGGCACCAGGGCGGCCGCUACUACUGCAAGGCCGAAAACGGCCUGGGCUCGCCCGCCAUAAAGUCCAUCAGGGUCGACGUCUACUACCUGGACCCUCCGAUUGUGACGGUGCACCAGAGCAUCGGCGAGGCCAAGGAGCAGUUCUACUAUGAGCGGACAGUGUUCCUGCGCUGCGUGGCCAAUUCCAAUCCUCCAGUGCGGUACAGUUGGCACCGCGGUCGAGAUUUGCUCUCGCAGGGCUCAGACAAGGGUGUAGAGAUCUACGAGCCCUUCUUCACACAGUUGCAGGGGGAGACUAAGAUCCUGAAGCUGAAGAACCUGCGUCCGAAGGACUACGCCAACUACAGCUGCGUGGCCUCCGUCAGGAACGUCUGCGGCAUCCCCGACACCAACGUGGUCUUCACACUCAGCAACAAGACCGCCUCUCCGGCCAUCAAGCUGCUGGUGGAGGACCCGAUCGUGGUGAACCCCGACCAGACGGUGGCACUGGUGUGCAUCACCACGGCAGGCGAGCCGCCGCCCAGCCUCACCUGGACGAGCGGCGGGGGCGCGGCGCUGCCCGAGCGCAGCCAGGUGAAGGACGGCACGCUGACGCUGCGGAACAUCUCCUCCGCCGAGGCCGGCGUCUACAGCUGCGUGGCCAGCAACAACGUGGGCAACCCGGCCAAGAAGUCCACCACCAUCAUCGUCAGAGCACUGAAGAAAGGUCGUUUCUGGAUCACGCCUGACCCGUACCAUAAUGAUGACAACAUCCAGAUUGGUCGUGAGGUGAAGAUCUCCUGUCAGGUGGAAGCCACGCCCCCUGAGGAGCUGGUUUUCGGUUGGCUGAAGAACGGGCGAACGCUGCGCAGCUCCGAGCGCAUGGUCAUCACGCAGACCGACCCCGACGUGUCGCCCGGCACCACCAACCUGGACAUCAUCGACCUCAAGUUCACCGACUUCGGCACGUACACCUGCGUGGCGUCGCUCAAGCACGGCGGCAUCCCGGAGAUCAGCAUCGACGUCAACAUCUCCUCCACCACUGUCCCUCCUCUGUUCUUCUCCUUCUUAGUGCCCCCGAGCCUGGCGGUGCCGCGGGGCCGCUCCCCGUUGGUGGCGCGCGAGGGCGACACGGUGGAUCUCGAGUGUGUGGUUACAGGCAAGCCCAAGCCCAUCCUGCUGUGGACGCGCGCCGACCGCGAGGCGCCCAUGCCCGACGGAAGCGGUCAGAUGGAGAGCUACGACGGCGUGCUGCGCAUCCCCAACGUCACGCGGGAGAUGAGCGGCCAGUACCGCUGCCAGACCAGCCAGUACAACGGCUUCAACGUCAAGCCCCGCGAGGCCGUGGUGGAGCUCAUCGUGCAGUAUCCUCCAACAGUGGAACCGACCCAGAUGGAGAUCCGGCAGGGACUGAGCCGCCCCAUCCUCUUGAGCUGCCGGGUCUUGCGGGCGCACCCGUCCCGGGUUCUGCGCUACGAGUGGCGCCUGGGUUCCAAGCCGCUGCAGGCGGGCCACUUUGACACCCGGGAUGAGACGGAGUAUACCAUCCCUGCCCUCGCACAGGAGCAUUACGGCGAGUACGUCUGCGAGAUUUUCAAUGAGGCAGGAGCCGGCAGAUGCAUCUUCAAUGUGACCGCGAAAGCCUAUGCUCCGGAGUUUUACUACGACACGUACAGCCCCAUAUGGCAAAACCGUCCGCGCGUCUACGGCUUCAAGCUGCAGUGGACCCAGAUGAACCCUGAUGCCGUGGACAGCAUUGUGGCCUACCGCCUGGGCAUACGCCAGACGGGGCAGCAGCGGUGGUGGGAGCAGGAGAUCCCGGUGGAGGCUCCCAUCAGGAGGGGCGAGCUGCUCACCUACAACCUGACGGAGCUGAUCCGGCCCGAGGCCUACGAGGUGCGCCUCACGCCCAUCACGCCCUUCGGAGAGGGGGACUCCACCGUGCGCAUCGUCACCUACAGCGCUCCUGUUAAUCCACAUCUGCGUGAGUUUCACUGCAGCUUUGAGGAGGAACCUAUCUGCCUGUUCAUUCAGGACAAGAACGACGAGUUUGACUGGACGCGACACAGCGCCGCCACACGGGACACCAAGUACACGCCCAACACUGGACCGAGUGGCGACAGAGCUGGGUCCAAACAAGGUUACUACAUGUACAUCGAGACGUCGCGGCCCCGUAAGCUGGGGGACCGAGCUCGGCUUGUGAGCCCCAUAUUCAACGUGGCCCCCAAGAGUCCCUACGGCCUCUCCAACCCCCCCACCUACUGCUUCAGCUUCUUCUACCACAUGUAUGGAAAGCACAUCGGAACUUUGAACGCGUUCCUCAAACAGAAGGGCCAAUCAGCGUCAGCCGAAAGCCCUAUUUGGACCCUCACCGGUAACCAAGGCGACCGCUGGAGACAGGCCAAAGUCAGUAUUCACCCAACAGCAUCUUUUCAGGUGGCGUUUGAGGGUGUACGGGGUCCAGGGAUCGAAGGGGACAUUGCCAUCGACGAUGUGGUCCUAGAGGAAGGGGAGUGUCCCAACACCCCACCCAGCCCUGAGGAGUCUUCCAAGGCUCCACCCAGUCAUAUCCAUAUAUGGCUCCUGGUGGCCACCGUGGCGAUGACCUUGCUGCGGGGUCAGAGGUGA